AUGUCUACUACACAGCGUAGUGAGAGCAUGCAUGCAUUCUUUGAUGGGUAUGUAAACUCAAAGACAACUUUGAAGCAAUUUGUUGAACAAUAUGAGAAUGCUUUGCAUAAUAAGGUGGAAAAGGAGAAGCUAGCAGAUUUUGCUUGUUUUAAUUCACGGGUUCCUUGCAAGAAUCGCUAUGAAUUUGAAAAGCAAUUCCAAGAUGCUUUUACAAUUGACAAAUUCAAAGAGUUUAUGGAUGAGUUCGCAGGUAAAAUAUAUUGUGGAUUAUCAUCAGUUAAGGAAAAUAUUGCCCUUGUAGAAUUUCUAGUAUAUGAAGAUGUCAAAGUUUGGGAAAGUAGUAAACGUGUUAUUUUCAAGGUAAUCUUGAAUGAGGAAGCAAAUGAGGUGAAAUGCAAUUGUCGGCUAUUUGAGUUUAGGGGAAUAUUAUGUCGGCAUAUAAUUUUGGUACUGAUUGAAAAGCAAAUUUUUCGUAUUUCUGAAAAGUAUAUUUUCAGGCGAUGGAGAAAGGAUAUAAAAAGAUGUCAUACAAAAGUGAAAGUGAGUUAUGCUGAUUGGAGUUCCAAACCUGAAGCACAUCGCUUUGAGAAGAUGUGUAACUUGUUUUAUGAGGUAGCAGACAUGGCAACAAAGAGUGAUGAAAAAUGUAAUAUGGUGAUGGGGUUCGUAAAUGAUUUGAAAUUGAAGCUUACAUCGAAUGAAGUGGUUCGUGAAAGUAAUCAACAUGAGACCAAUGUAAUUGAUGGGGCUACACAAGUUGACAAGCUUGAGGAUACUUCAAAUGAGGGUUGCAAAAUUCUUAGUCCAAGAGUUGUUCGAGGUAAAGGUCGUCCCCCAUCAAAACGGUUACAGUCAAAAGUUGAGAAAGUUAUUCAAAAAAGAAAAGCAAGGAAUAUACAAAUGAAGUCUAAUGAGAAAAAACUGGAAAAGGAUUUGGGAGAACAAAAGGUUUGGGCGAUGCUUUUGAAGCAAAAGACAACAUUGUUCAUACGGUAUUGA